GUGGCCAUCAGUCGCUGGUGGGCUCAUCACUGACGCUGUGACUGUCCCCAACAAUUCCCAUGCUGUUCAUUUUUAGCCACUGUCUCAUUCCUGAGGGAUUACACUGCUCUUUGUCCAUCGCUGACCCUUCUGUAGAAAGCCACAUGCAAACAAACAUGUUGAUUCACUUGGUUAACUUCUGAACUUUUUUCCUAAUGUGUGCUGAAUAUAUUAAAAGAAAACUCCUCUCUUUUCCUCCCACCCAGCUGUAUGGGUUGGAACCCUGUGAAUUAGGGUUGUUCUUAAAAGCAUGCUGGGCUAUUUUUGCACACUCUGUCUCCUCCUGUUUUCCCAAAGGGAAGGUGGUUGAAGAGAAGACAGCGUCCUAGGGUAUUGUUACAGUGUGCUUGGCCAGUAUUACAGCAAGUGUCAUACUGUGUUGGUAACUUCCAAAACAAAUGCUCUGCCACACAUGGUUUCAUGAGUUGAAUUAAUUUUAUCUUACCUGUAUGUCAUCUGUGUAGGUCAUUUAGUGCUGGCCUAACGUUGUACCAUAGCGUGUGACGUGAUUUAAAAUGUGCCACCUUUCACAUAUUGAUGCAAAUAGCCAAAAUGAUUUCAGACCCACACCAUUGCUUAGGAUAACUGGGGUGUAGCGUAGCAGGUGCUCUGCUAGUGCAUCUGAGAGUACUGCCCUGUCAUGGUCUGUGCACAACAGAUAAAUGCUCUGCUGUUAGUACAGAGUGAAUAAUCUCAGUUGUACAACUGAUUUUAAAAAAUCUUAAUUCUCAGUGCUACACGUGUGUAUCAAACAGCUUAAUUUUGUUUAAGUUUAAUGUUUACUGCGUGAUUUGAAUCACAUUUGCAAUAAGCUUGGAGGAGUAGGAAUGAAGAGAACAUCCUGUUUUACGGAGUAGGGAAGGCCUGUGGUUCAGAUGUGUGACUGCAAUGGUUAGGCCACGAUGACAACCAGUUUGAGCUCAGCAUGGCCAACAGUGGCUGCGAGGUGCAUCGCUUCGACCCCAGCAUCAAGGCCGCUCACAUUCAGGAGGGCCAGCACCUCUGGUACCAUCGCCUCUCCAUUGACUGGAGGGAUCCCAACCCAGCCAUUGCAGCCCACAAACUUCACAGCAACACAAAGAAGCUGGGCACAGUGUUGAAUGAAUUUGGACAUCAGAAGAUCGAUGUCCUCAAGGCAGACGUGGAGAGUGCUGAGUGGAAAAUUUUGGAAAACCUGAUCCUGGAAGAUGUUGUUGAGCAGAUAGGACAGCUGGUCUUUGAGGUGCACAUCCACUGGCCGGGGUUUGAGGUCAGUGGCAAUGACAGCACCGUGGUGCGGUACUGGUACAGCCUGCUCCGAGAACUGGAGCUGAAGGACUUCAGGCUUUUCCACACCUACAAAGACUUAUCAAAACCACAGAUGUUUCUGAAAAAGGAAGCCUUCAACGCCAGUAGCUGUUACACACUGAGCUGGGUAAAUACAAGAUGGAAAUAGCAGAAAGGAAUUUAUGAUGUGUGAUUGCGAGCCAUCUGGCCCCAUAGUGUUACUGAAGAGGAUUUUGGUGUCACUGGCUAAAGUUGCUAAAUAUGCACGCAGUGACUGCUAACAAAAUGAACUGGCUUUUAUAUUUAUAUGUUGUGAAAAGAACUGGCACUAGGAGAAGAUACAUGGUGCAGAUUUGUAUAGCAAUAUAUUUGCCAGUGGGUACAUUGUCCCAGAGGACAGAGGUUUCUGUAAAGCUCUGUCUGGGGGAGCUAAGAGCAUGGCUUUUCCAGGCUGCCCCCUGCCUGAGCAUGCCAGCCAGGAGGGCAUCCCUCUGGGGCUGCCCCGGGAAGCUCUGCUGGCUAAGCUGGACCAAACUUUGGGCAGGACAGUGCUUGUGAUGAGGUGUCUUUUUAAGAAAGUGUCGAGUGUUACUUUUCUGUAAAGUGAUUAUCUUUGAUUUGCAACUUUUUUACUUUGGCCUUGUUUCCUAUGGAACAAACUUUAGGCAAGAACAAUAUGUUCUUGAGCCCACUGGCAAAUUUCAGCUGAAUUUGGCAGAGACAGAAAUCACCACCAAACAAAGUCCCUACCUAUUUCUUUGAGCAGCUUCUUUUUUAACCUAGUCUGGCUGCAGAAAGUGACUUCAACACUUCUGAAAUGGGAGACAGUGGGACAGAGUCACUCAGCUGCUGGAUAAGCUGCUGCCAGUGCUCCCCUUCCUCAUCCACAAGAGCCUUCAGCCACAGAAGACAGGGCUUCUCUAGUUCAUCUGCUCAAAGAACAGCUUGAUUGAAAUUACUCAUGCAAUGGCUGCAGCAAGUGGUUUUUGAUCUAGUGAGAUAGAUGUAAGAGACAAAAAUACAACCUGGGCUUUUUUGUUUGUUUUGGGGUUUAAUUGAACAUUUCCUGGUGCCUUUUCCAGUGCUGUGCCUCACCACCUUGCCUCUCCCUGGCAUAAGGAGGCCAGACCCUGGAUCUGUACUGAUGCUGGUAGAGGUGGCAGCCCAAGCAGGUGCCCUGGACUGCAGCUGUGCUGGGGCUCUGCUGGAAUGUGGAUUGUCUGCAGUGCCCCGGGAGCCUUUGACAUUCCCCAGAGAGCUAAAAAAUAUAUAGCAGGUUGGAUUUUUCUUAUCUUUAGAUGAAUUUUGACAUUAAACUUUUCAUUAAAAUACAAGAUGUCACUUCA